UGAGUGGUGGGGAUGGUGGCCGAGUAGGUCCAAUUCCAUGAGUGUUGCUGCUGCUCUUCCUGGCCGGACAGUGUCAUCUUAACGGCAGAAUUGUUGGGAAGAAGUGCGGGGCGCAGGUGUUGUGGGACGAGCGCCGAAGCGGGAAUCUCGCGGUGGCCAGAAGACGGUGCUUGUCUCGCGCCGGCGGGUGUCUCUGUGCCUCCGGCUUCCCCCUCCGGUCCCAGCCUCGCCGCAGCUUUCCAGUCAAGCGGGCGGAGCUGGUAUAAAUCUGGUUGGGGGAUCCUUCGAAGUCCUCCCUAUACCUGACUAAGGAUACUUUUGGAACGGAAUAUGGCUGUUAUGACACAUGCAAGGAUUUACAGCAUAGAUUUUCUCUGCUGUAUUAUCCUUGCUGCCUCCGUCAUUUCUUCAGCAGAGGAUCACAUGGACGGAAGUCACCAGCCCAGCAUGCGCCUUGAUAAGAACAUGGUACAAGACAAGGAUCACAUUAUGGAACAUUUAGAUGGUGUCAUUGACAAACCAGAAUCUGAGAUGUCACCACAAGAACUGCAGCUUCAUUAUUUCAAAAUGCAUGAUUAUGAUGGUAACAACUUGCUUGAUGGCCUUGAGCUUGCCACUGCAAUAUCAUAUGUACACAAAGAGGAUGGUGGUGAACACAUUCAGACAAUGAAAGAAGAGGAGCUAAUUAACUUGAUAGAUGGUGUUUUGCAAGAUGAUGAUAAGAAUAAUGAUGGGUAUAUCGACUAUGCUGAGUUUGCUAAGUCUCUGGAAUAAGAACCAUCUUCAGUUUUCAUGUGGCCCAGUUCAAUGUGAUUUUUUAUUCUAUGUUAGUAUGUAUGUUCUGCCUUUGAGCUGCAAAGUUAAUAGUAGGCUGGUACAUGUAGCCAUUGGAAUGGCUAUACUUGUAUUUGUUACAUGUUGGAAAGCAAAAAUAAGCUUGUAAUGGAGACUGUUGUCUGUUGUUAUAUUGUUAACAAACCAUGUUGAGCAAUACAGUGCAUUGCUCCUGUCAGCAGAUUAUUUGGCAGUCAGCUGUAAAGAAUUGUUCAAAAUGCUCCAAAUAAUUUUUGGAGAAGUCCAGUGAAAGUGUAGUGUAAAGACAGUAGCGCUGCACAGUUGACACAUUGUAAUGUAAAAAAGCCUAUAGAAUAAUCAAAAUUUAUACAUGUUUUUUUAGUCACCCUCCUUGAAAAUUAAGUAGAUCCCAAACCAGAAAAAGUUAACAUUCUUCCAAGAUCUGUAGAAGAUAAUAAAAAAAGUAAAGUACUAAUUGAAAUAUUCAUUAAAAUCAUUGUGAACAUAAAUGUCUGUCUCAGUUGUCUUCCCUUGUAUCAGUACUUCUUUGUAUUUUAAUCUGCCUAUUUGGGUGUACCUGUUAACACCACUGAUAACAGUAUUUCUAAAAAUGUAAAUUAAAUCCCAGUGUUGUAUCCUUCAUUUAAACCAUGGAAAAAUGCUGCCUUGUUAAGGUUUCUACCGGCGUAGCUUAAUAUGAAUUCUUAGUGUUAGGUAAGAAUUUUAAGUUUUUCUUAAAAUUAACUCUUAGAAGAGAGUGGUUAAAUACUUAAAUGGUCUACUUAUUUAAAAAGAUUCUGGAGCUGUCAGCAACUUUGGUCCUAUACCAUUCAGCAGUGUCCUGCAGAUUUAAAAUAAGUAACUGUCUAUAUGUCUGGCUUAUUUUAUAAAUUAAAUUGGUUAAAUAAAUAUAUGCAUUCCAAGCUGUUGUAUCCACAAGCUGAAAACUCAGAGCAUUCUCUAAAUUGCACAGAGAUCUAUUUUCUGUAUAGAAGUAUUCUUAUAUUCUGUAAUAAUUGGUUUUUUUGUUAAUUAUGUAAUAAAAUCUAUUAUAUGAUUACAACAUCUAAAUUA